AUGGCGAACACCAAGCAUGUUUACGUGGUUUAUGAACCCAUCCACGCGGAAAGCUCUCUUCCAAUGACGAUUCAGCAACUUGUCGGGUUCUCUCACGCAAAACUCGUCGUCUUGUCCAGUGGCCAAAUCGAUGGCCAGGGCCGGAGCAAAGGCAAGGGCAACGUGUACGACAUCUGGAAAGACGGCAAGCAAGAGAUCGGAUAUGGGGAUGAAAGAGGUCGACCGAUCAAGUGGGAUGGCCUGGCAACAGGAGAGAGAUUCCGCCACCUCUGUUACACAGACAAGAGCGACAAGGAGGUGAUGAACGCAGCUGCGUCUGUCAUCGCCGAGAUGAAGACCUACAACUUGGUCUUCCGGAACUGUGAAGACUUCGCAUAUCGCCUUGGGGAGAAGCUCACUCGUGCAAUGGUGUACCCUGGGUGGUUGCCAAACUCUCCAGUCAAUGUGGGCGAGUACGAGUAUUUGCAGUCCUCGGCGGUAAAUCCGUUUGGGUUUCGAAACCUCUUUGGACGUAGAGAUCAUCGGCCUUGA